AUGUCCGUGCCUUUCAAGUACCGCCAGCAUAUUCGCGACAUCCACGAGUCCUUCCAUGACGGCAAGCCCAUUGCGGAGGAGGAGCUGAUGGGCGUGAUGGAGAUCAUUGCCGCCGCCGAGCAUCGGGCCCUUAUCGAGCCGUAUCGGGCCCAAUGCCCGCUAAGCUCCAACGCCUUCCUUGCCCUCAUGUAUGAGCUGCAGAAGGCCUCCAAGAUUCCCUACGACGAGCUGGUGUGGAAUUACAUUCGGGGAGCCCUCAGGAAAGGCAUUUUCAACGGUGAGGAUCGCACAGACGUCAAGGCCCUACGUUCCACGCUGGAUCCCAUGAUGCGUGCGGUGCACCUGGGCGUCCCGAACCUCUACAAGGAGCACGCCCCGCCCGAUGACGAGGGCCGCAUCAGCAUUGACCAGCUCUGUGACGUCUUUCGCUCCCUCUACCCGGCGAACCAAGUCGUUUACCUGGAAAUGUACAAGUGGGCACGGGCGACCAAAGUGGCGAAGGGCCGGGGCGGCGUCAGUGCACGCGCCAAGACAUUUGAGGAAGUGCGCCCUGCCAACGCGGCUGCCGCCUCACCGGUCGCACUGGCGGCGCCAUCGCCGUCGCCGGCAUCAGCGGCGGCGUUACCAGAGCCGCAGCCGAGGGAUCCCGCUUCAAUGGAGGCGCCUACAGCAGCUAUCAGCGCGACUGCGGCGGCGGACGCCUGUAGGGCGGCCAACCCCCAGCAGACAACCUUGCAGACGCAAGCGGUCUCUGAAGAAGGGCCACAGGUGGCGUCAAGGCAGGCGUCUCAGGUCACUGAGGAGAGUAGAACUAGGCCGGGUGGGGACCCGCCCACGGAUGCCUUGAGCAAGCCAUCAGGGGCCCCCGGGGAGGUGAGGCAGCCAGCUGAUGGGAAGCAACCUUCGGACGACGGCGCGACAGUCGCCGCCCCCUUUCCCAUUGCAACGUCGGCGGCGGCCCCGCCAAGCCUCAGGGCAGAGGAAACGGUGGAGGCAGCCGCAGUCAAGGAGGCACAGGCAGACGUUCAACACACCCCAUGCGUACUUCCCGAAAAGAAGAAGGAGGAGAUGCCACUCCCCAGUGCCCUGCCUACGGAGGCAGUUCCGCUCCCUUUCCGCAGCUCCCACGUUGCGCAGGCGGAUGAGGAGGGCAAAGACGUACCCCGACCUCCAAGGGAGGCCGCGGAAGUGCCCUCUGUUUUGCCCACCCCCGCUGGCUCCUUCUCCUGCCUUCAGCUUCCCCCGGCGGUCCAGCUGGAGCGGCGUCCCGGACUCGAUUUUAAUCCCCCCCGUAUUCGUGACAUGGAGCCGCCCGCCCGGAAAGCAAACUCCCCCACUGAGGGAGAUCAGACUUUAUCGCCACCGCCGCGGCUGCGCGGGCAUGAGGAACUCCCUUCAUGGGAGUAUGAGGAGGCCCUGCUGGAUGCCAUGCUGUCUCGUGUUGCCCCAGGAAAGCCAGUGGACCCGCAAGUGGUGGAUUAUAUUGAGGAACUUGCAAGGCAGGAGAAGGAGCUGAAGUCCGCCUUGCAUGACGAGAUGGAAAACUUGACGUCAAACAUGUUGGCCUGCGAAGUUGUCGAGCAACGAAUGCUACUGCUGCGUGCGCAGAGGAAGUCGCAGUGUUUUGACCGAAUGGAGUCGCGGCGGUGCAAGCUGCUGGAGGAGAUGGAAACAUAUUUGUCACGGGUGCGGAAAACACAUGCGCAGCAUGCGGCUCUACUCGAUGGUGCCAAAGUCACCGCCGUGGUGGCGUCCAGGAAGGACGCCCGUUCCUCGCGAUACGACGGCACUACUUCUUCGCACGCACGGCAGGGUUCCGGGGAGGUUGUGUCAGUGUUCACUCCUCCGCCGCUACCGCCGUCGUCGGCGGAGCGCCGAGGCCGCCGGUUGCAGCAAGAGUGGCGACUGGGGGAAAGACUGCAAAGCAUGCAGAAUGAGCCCCCCGCGGCGGCGUGGACGCCGAACGUGUUCUUGCCGCAGGAACCACGCCCUCCCGUUCAUCAGCUUCUCUCGGGCAUGGGGACCGAGCUGCCCCAGCGCGGGUUCAGCGCCUACCCGUUGGGCAGCGCCCCGCAGCGACAGUCUGUACAAGUUGUGCACAGUCGCCCAGCUCAGCACCACCCGCAACUUCAAUCGGGGCUUUUUGAUGAGGAGGACCUCGCUUUUCUUGUGAGGUCCGACACGCAGUCGCUGCACUCGCCGUUGCCGCGGCAACCCGGCAGUCGGGGCGUCAAUCCGCACCUCACGGCAGAGGUGGCGGCGAAAGUGUUGACAAGUUCGCAGUUGCAGCGGAAGAUUGAGGAGCGUCUGGCGGUGCGUUUGUCAGGCAAUUCUCAACCCCUUUAG